UGCCGGAGGGUAAGGAGCUACGUGGCGCCUCCUCUUCCUCUCGCACAUAAUUAUUACGGCAUUAGUUAACUGGUUAAUGGGAACUCCUAUCUUACGUGACAGUAGAGAAGAGCAAGCGUGACACUGUAAAUUACAACCGGAGCGGAAAAUUAAACUCGGCAGACGAAAUUUUUUUUUCCUUCUCGACCACGUGUGAGCAAAGUAUCAGUGACAGUGAGCGUUGUGUGACGAUUACUGAGAGAAAAUACUGAUGGGAGAGGAGAGAUAGCUGGUCUGCCUGGAGUGUGCGGCGGAAGCUGGCUGUUCUUGUUAGCGAAUCAAGCAUUAUCACGGGAACUGUUGACCAAGGAGGAGCGGGGCGAGACGGAACGAGGAAGCCACGCGUCUUAAUGUUUACCAAGCAGAGGAAACAGGUGCGAGGAGGCUACACAAUUAUACCCAGACUGCCAGAAGGAUUGUCGCAAUGUUAAGCAAAUAGUCCAGUGUUGAAAGCUUAUGAAGUGACGUUGACGGAUGUGCAGCGGACGAGACUGAGUAAAGUGUCUCUUGAUGCCAACAGACUGACAGCGAUGUGUGAGGCUUCUCCAACCCUUCAUCUCUUGCUCCUGCUGCUGUUGGUGCCGCUCCUGACUCCCGUGCCAGGUGUGAGCGGCGGUGGCCCAGCAGGAAGAAGCACCAGGGACGAGGAGCUUAUGAACACCUCGCCUCUCGUCACCGACCAGCCCUACUUCGACCCCAGCAUGUCCACCACCCUCACCGCCCAUGUGGGGAGGCGGGCUGAACUCCAUUGCCGCGUUCAUUCCAUUGGCAACAGAACGGUGUCAUGGAUACGAGGGCGUGACCUGAGGAUACUGACGGUGGGGCGGUACACGUACACCACUGAUCUGCGUUACGAGGUGCUGCACCAAGACGGGACGAACCAGUGGACGCUGAGAAUAAGGUCUGCUCAACCUCGCGAUCAGGGGACCUACGAGUGCCAGAUUAGCACCAAACCCAUCAAAGCCUUCACCGUCUUCCUGAAAGUACUCGAGCCUCGAGGGGAAAUCCUAGGCUCCCCGGACCUGUACGUGCAGAAGGCUAGCAUGAUCAACUUAACCUGCAUCCUACAUAACCUGCCUGAGCCACCCACCUAUGUGCUCUGGUACCAUGGGAAUAAGGAUAUAAGAUACAGCAGCAGUCGUGGUGGCGUGGCAGUGUUGGUGGUGAAGGAUACGACCACGACCACCAGCCAUCUGCUCAUCUCCUCCGCCACACUCCAGGACGCGGGCCGCUACACCUGCGCGCCGGCCGGCCUCAGCCCCACCUCCGUCAGAGUUCACGUGCUCGACGGGGAAGAACCGGCGGCCAUGCAGAAGAACAGCACAGCAGCAUUACCGCCCCCACUAGACGGACGGCCAGCAAUGAGCAACAGCAGCGCUGUGGUGAGUGGCGCUACCAGGACAGUGAAGGCAGAGGCGGUGACCUUAGCUCUGGUGCUGGUGCCUGCGUGGUUACAGAUGCGAGGGUGCUGACUACUGGUGUCAGUGAGUGUCGCUGCCGUGCGGGGGUCUGCCACUACACAGCCACUGCCUCUCCUCGGCCUGCCUGUGAUCCGAGCAUGCUGUGAAGGCAGAGCAGCGGACCUCACUGCUCUUGCUCGCCAGCCCGGAUAUCACCCGACAGUUCGCAACACCAGACAUCCUCGCAGCUUAGUGAGGUGUUCGUGAAGGUGUGAUACGUCAGUCAAGCACACCUGGCCCCACCUGUGUCGGGAAGGUUCACCUGGGAACGCCAGCAGCACCUCGUCUUUUGUAUGUACACGAUCGACGGGAUGAGAAACUCCUGUAUUGAACUUAUCAUAGUCGACUCACUCUAACUAGAUUCGUAGACCACGUAGUGCGUAUUUUGUCACCAUUAACUCAUUUUGUAGGUAACUAACCAUUUUGUAGAUGAUGUACAAGUUGUUUAACACAUUUACAUUCACCGUUAGACACCACGCGAGGUAUAACUGAAUGGCUGCUCAGUGGCGGAUCGUCAGUGAGUAAUCUCUCGCAGAACAGGCGUUAAGACAGAAAUAUGCAGCCUAUAGAAAAUGAUUAGUUCUGAGCUCAUAAUUGGUUCCGAGUGUCUAGAGAGGGAGGUGGUGAGGCGGAUCAAACUGCGUUGGGCGAGGCCUACAGAUAGUAAACAAUAUCAGUGUUCAUUAAUCAUUCCCUAUCGUCAAGCAUUUUGGAGUUUAUCUGUGUUACUUUUCCACGUGUUCGUUAAUGCGUUUGAGUGUUGAAGUUUGUACAAAGGUAGCUUUGAUAACGCGUUGUGAAGAGUGAACGCCCUACGUUCAUAUACACACACAACUAUGUAAAUGCUACUGUUGUUUUCACCUGUAUGGUUUUUAUGAUACUUUUCGUGCUUUGACAGAAUAUUAGCUUCACUUCUCGCGCUCGGUGGGGAAAAGUGUUGUCAAAAUAUUGUGAGAUGUUCAAACUGGAAAUGCUCUUGUGUAACGCAGCAGUGUGGAAGGAAAAAAUAGGUGUUCCUCACUCACUCAGCUCUGCAUAAAACAGGAUGCACCUCUGAACCUAUUUGCUUUACCUGGUGUGUGUGUGUGUGUGUGUGUGUGUGUGUGUGUGUGUGUGUGUGUGUGUGUGGUUUCUGUAAUCUUAAGUAGCUACUGACGUUUUGCACCUAGCACCUUCACCAUCGUCGUGUACCUGAAGUUGAAUCAAUCCUACGUGCACACUUCCAUUGUAAUUUGAUGUAAGAUUGACCCCAUCCCACCACGCAAUAUUGAUCAAAACCCAGCGAAGACGAGAGGAAGCUUAAAAACUUGCAUAUACUAAAAUUUAAGUUUAUUUGAGUAUAAAAAUAUAGGAGACCUGACUACAACAUAUGCAAAAGUGAUUAGUUAUAGCUGCAUAUCAUGACGAACAUAAAUAGAGAUACUGGCUUUUGGUAUCCGGCACAUCACUCGUUCCCUCAGCCCUGAAAGUUCUCCUCGCAGAAGGUGACGUACAGGAAGUGGUCUGUGUGGGCGUGGGCGUGGUGCAGACUGGCCAGGGUGCAGGUGACGGACGCCAGGGUGUUGCCGGUGAAGAAGAGGAUAGAGUGGCGAGGAUCUACCUCUAUCCUGGUCCUUAACGCGAGGUGCAGCUGUGCCAGGUUCAGGUGUCCAGGGGCACUCACGCGCAGCUCCUGGUAGGUCCCCACGCGGCAUCUGCCAGAGGGAGACACGCUUGAAACGGUGCUAUGGUCCUCUGUUGAUGUUAUUUUUCCAUGCAAGUCAAAAGUAAUGGGUGAACUGCGGAUCGUAUUCAGAAACGCUUUGCUUACUCAUCACUGCUAUUUUCAAAGGCCACAGAGGUGAUUAGCCAGGUUCUCUAGUACAUCCUUGAUAAUCUGUCACUAGCACCAUAAAGACACUAUGAAAAAAGUGUAACCUGAAUUACAGCCCUUUGGAUGUAGAGGCGGUGUGGCGCUGAAGUGUUUUAGAACAGUUUUUUUUGUUUGACGUGUCCUGAUUCUUCCUUGCCUGACGCAUCCACGAAUUUACUACUUGGGUGAAGUGUAAUGGCGUGGACUACUUGUAUAUAACAGUGGCACGCAAAACAUUCUCCGUAUCUCCAGUUUUGAUGACGAUAAGAAAAUCAUUCUAUGUGUUUGGGAGCGGAGCACUAGUGUAAUUCAUAGCGUGUCAAUGAAUGUGAUAUAAACGCGAUACUGAAGAACUAUCAUUCUCUUCACUCCAAUGGUUACGGAUGCUGGCUAAGCUCUCAAGUGUACCUUUUAUCCUCAUUGAUUGUUUAAGAUCAUUCCCUGGACACACGUAUAAGAGUAAAAAGAAAAAAAAGCCACACUCAAACAGUCCACAUGUAUAUAUUGUUUACUGCAUGCUCACUUAUCCCACAUUCUCUCCUAUCAUAUCCUUCCCUACCCGCACUGACCUGUAAUGGGCUGACAGUCUUGCCCCACACCCACACUCGAGACGCCCUCCCCCUCCACAUCACGAGCUGCUGAAGACCCUCAGUUAGUGGUAGUACUGAGCGCAUUUCAGGUGGCCUCGCGACCAUCAGUCAGGUCACUCAGUCAUUACCUCGCCCUUCAUCUCGACCUCACAGCUUCUCCCCUGCCUCCAUCUUCCUCCUCCUCCUCUUUCUCCCCUCCCUAAUCCACUCGACUAUUUAUUACCAAAAGAGCGUAAACCACAUUCAGAUUCAGAAGCACCCAUCACACUUUAUUCCGCUUCAUCAUGUUUUAAUUUUAUAUAUUCAUUUGAACAAGUUUAAUAUUCUACUUUAUCUCCAUAACUACAAGUAUAUUUGAUAUGAUAAUAGGAAUGAUUUGACACCUACUGCGAGCAAAGUUGAAGAAGGAAUGAUUGAGUGUGGAGGGGUAAGUCACUAGCGCGUUCAGGGGUCCGGAAGCCAUCACCCCCACCAACACACCUACCUCCAGCCUCGUGCUCUCAAGUAACGCCCCUGGAUCACGGUCAGGGAAUGCACGUGAGCUUGCGGGAGGGUAGGAAUGCGAUAUCACGUGUGAGCAAAUACCGAGACGUUCCACAUUUGGCCUUGGUGGAUGCUACGAGUUGGGCAUGUACAGUAUGUUUGUCUGUGUUUGACGUAGCGACCUAAACACCUCCUUAUCGACUCUCACCUAUAAGUAAUACUGCUGUUUGUCUUCUAGUUUUGUUUACCUUGAAUGACUUUAAACUACACCGCGAGCAGCAAUGGUAGGAGCGUGUACAGUACAGGACAACACAGCCUCAAAUUUGACACCAUCAAGCAGCCUCGAACAAAUUAUCUAUCAGCCAUCUAGUCUGCGGCAACGAGGCUGCUCUGAUGUCGCCCUGGAGCCCCGAGACGAGCUAUAUCUUAGUAUGAAUGUACAGUAACACGUGAGAAAUCCGUCCCAUGUGAAACUGUGAACAAGAAGCAUACUCACCGUGCGGCGCGGCCCAGCACCACGGGCACAUUUCCUGGCUGGCGGCGCUUCAUGCGGCGUGCAAGUUCUUUCCUCUCCUCCAGGGUAUUCUGCUCCGAGAACUCCCACAGUCUGCAGUAUCCCUUCAUCCUCGUCAGCUGUUACCCUUCGUGGAUGCUUCACUUGACGUUCACUCUUUACUAGAUUUUUCUCAUGUGGGUUUCGGGUCAGGAUCAGCGAGCGCACUGGUAAUCAGUGUGAGACGAGACAGGUGACUGAGGAGCUGAGGAGACGGCCGACGAGAGGCCUGACUGUGUGGGGCGACCCACCCAAGACAGUUUAUCUCGGUCAUGCUCUCGGCGCUCCGUGACUGCCACAUGAAUCUCAGUGCCUCGCCAUUUCCACGCUGAGCCAGUUGACAUUUUAGUUCAAAAUUGUUAUUGCUGGGCGCGCUUAAAGUUAUUGCGGAAAUACGUCUGAUUUUUGCUUGUUGCUGGUCUUUUUAAUAUACUUGGCUACGUUCUUACUUCUGUGAUGAUCGAGACAUUAGACUAUCAUUUUUCAUAUCUAUCAGAUGCCCUCCAUUCACAUCUACUUGAUUAAUCUCUUACACUUCUGCCACACCAAGCUAAUCCUAAAUCAUUUUUCUUUCUUCUCGCAAUAUUUUUUGACAAGUUUUAAUUCUUCCAAAAUUCAGUUCAUUAUCUCCUAGUAGUGUCACAGCUGUGAUGUCUGGGGCAUAGCGUGCCGCAGAAAUGAUGCUCUGUGCGAUCUCCAUGUUCCGAAACAGAAUAUUUUUUUUCUUUCACUUUCCUCUCCUACAAACAGGUGUUGCAUCAAGGAAAAUCAAACAGCCUUGUUAAAUGAAGUGUUUUGUUAUGAAACUGAGUUACAAUAAUCUAAUGUACAAUACCAUAGUAAUAACCUAAAUAUAAGCACAAAUUGGACACUGUGCUCAAAGCUUGGUGGAUUUGAAAUAGGUAUUUGAUGGAGUAAAGGAACAUCAUUCACUCUUGGCAUUCAUUCACCUCGGCCGCCCACACCGCCUCGCCGGGCCUCGUAGGGAGACAGGAGUCGUAAGCAAAAUUGUGAUUCCUAGUACUGAUAGUCACAGGUGGAGCUACUUAAUCCGUUAUGGCACUUUUUUUUUCAAAAUAAAUAAUCAUCCUUUUGUAUUCAAACCAUGUUGAUUAAGAAAAUUAGGUACAAAAUUACUUUAAAUUUGAAAACUACUUUUGGAAUUGCGUCUUAGUAACGUGUGCCUCGUAUUUGAUAAGCCACAGUAAAGAAUCUAAUGCAGUGGGUAUUGUGGUGGUCUUUAGUCGUGAUUUGAAAUGUGGUUCUUUGUAAAUUACCCAUCAUUACUCUUAAUUUUAACUUUUAAAUUAUUACUUUAGAUAACACAAUAAAAUCAUUCCAGGUCUUCUCAUUUAUGACCUGCAAAUGACAAGGUAGUUUUUCUUUCAUAGAAUGGUGCUGUGAAAGGUUCAAGUGAUGGCUGGAGGAUGAAUAAAGGCCGUCUGUUGCCUGGGCACUGGGACGGAUCUCUGGAUUCAACAUAACCAAAUGCUAUUUGGCAAACAGUUUCUUUAUUCCAAAGUAAUUUUAAAACAUGUGAACAUGACACAUUGUUGAGAAUUUGAUUCACCAAUUGCUGGAUGUGCUAUUUCCAUGUUCAAUGUGUGCAUAAAACAACAAACAACAAUGGCUUAUUUAAUUUAAGUUAAAAUCAAUAUAAUCUAGUGCACUUUAUAUUUACAUCCCUCAAACAGUGGGUUAAUAGGGACAGUUCAACUUGGUCACAUGCACAGCCAAAUAGCACAUGAACCAGAUUGGUAUUUGAAAUGGUCUACUUAGACUGGUAAUUCACUCCACCACUGUGAUAUCAUUGUGAUUUAGAAGUGGGAGAGGGUAAAGCCAUUCAAGAUAUUCCACCCCAGGAAAGCUCUCAAGUACCCGUGAAAGGGGGACAUGACACCUGCAAGGACGACAAAUACCUGACAAUUUUAGUGGCAAUGGGAAAUUGGGAUAAAAUACUUAAAAUUUAGAAACCUAUCUGAAUAUUCUAAUACUGAACUUAGUGUCCUGAAAGUGGAGACUGUUGAGAAAUGCUCACCAGUGCAAUGAGGAGCAGGAGAUACCAAACAUUCAAGAUGGCUGGUAACUUUCGUAUAAAAUGAUAGGGUGGCUUCCUCCAGCCCCCUGCAGCAGCCCACACGGGUCGCCUUACGGUGCAUGUUGGGAUCCCAACACGGCAACUCAAAACUGUACAGACACCACCACUCACACAUCACAUCUAUGCAGUACUCAGUCCCAUCCACACCAACUAUAAGGACACCUUCAUAAAAUGUUCAAU